AUGAUUCUGAGCGAAACCUCGUCAUACAUAUCUACGCCGAAUCAAUAUCGGAAAGAGCACACAGUGACUGGAAGUCCUUACUGCUUUACCUACCAAGAGAUACCCAACGAAGACAACCUUCAUCCCAAGCUAAUCAUCGGUAUGCGAUCCAAGAAUCUCACUCAGCUCAAGCUGACAAGUACCAAUGUCAAGAUCACUCUAUACAAACCGACCAGCACACCCGGUUGUCCGAGCGCGUCACUCGACCCCAAGUUCUCAGAUAACGAUCUGUUGUAUCGAGCUGCCACAGGAUCAUCAUCGGAAGGUAGAGUGCCUUUCCCAACAAUGAAAUACGAACAGUUUGAUAUAGAUACGGUAUCAUUUGGUCCACACUAUCUGACUCUAGGUCCUCUGAUACUGACUCAUGCUCCAGAGCCAGCCAGGGAGAUUUUGGCUAAAUGGUCUAACGAAGCUUGGGCUACCUGUGGAGGACAAUCCGUAAACUACCAACUGAAGAGCGGUACACUCACUGACCUCUGCAGCACGACUAGGGCUGAUGUAAAUAUCCCGGACAGUAAAGGGUAUACCUGGGAUGGAGCAGGUUUAGCAGAAGACUAUGUACUGCGUACCUCACUUAUGAAGUGA